AUGCUGACCGGUGCCUCAUUGUACCGAAGGGCCCGAGGGCUGCAUGCGAGGUCCCCUGCUAUAGCAGGGUUUCGGGAGCUGGGGGGCCCCCGAGGGGCCCCUGCUGCGCUGUGUAGCAGGCCUAGCAGCAGCAGCAACAACGACAACAGCAGCAGCAACAACAACAACAGCAGCAGCGUGAGCAGCAGAAGCAGCUGCUGCCGCAGCAAAAAACGCGGCAACACCGGAAGCUGCAGCUGCAGCAGCAGCAGCAGCAGCAGCAACUACAACACCUGCAGCAGCAAUAUGAGUGAGCUUCGCAAGCAGCUUGCACAAAGAGCAGCAGCAGCAGCUGCUGCUGCUGCUGCUGCCGCUGCUUCUAGGCGUUUCGCUGCCCUCUUCGGCCCUGUCGCAGCAGCAGCAACAACAACAACAGCAACAACGGCAGCAACUACAACAAGAGCAGCAGCAGCAGAGCUUGCAACCCCCGUGGUCCGGUUGUCUCCCGUUCUGCAGGCUCUCGCAGGUCUGGACUGUCUAGACACCCGCGUCUUCUGUCUCUUAGCAGACCGCCUUGCAGAACCGGAAGUCAUGAAGGAUUGUCGCUUCUUCCAGCUGGCGCUCGCGUUGAAUGCACUUGCUGCUGCGAAGCUGCUGCAUCCCCGUCUCCUGGCUGCUGCUGGGGAUCGCCUGGAGACGAUCCCACUCGAUCCCCACCAAGCAAACCCGCAGAGUAAGCCUCCUGCUGCAGCAGCAGCAGCAGCUGCUGCUGCUGCUAAUGCUUCUGCUGCUGCUCCUGGUGACGUUGUUGCAAGUGCUUGUGCUGCAGCUCCUGCUGCUGCUGCUGCUGCAGUAGGGCUAGCAGCGGCAGUCCUCACAGUUGCUGCUACAGACAGCAACACCCUGGCUGCCAUUGCAGCUUUUGCUGCUGCUGAUUCUGCUGCUGCUGCUGCAGGUGUCGCGUUGCUGCUGAAUUCGCUUGCGCGUUUUCAUGAAGAGGAAAUGUCUAUCCGCAGGAGCCAGCAGCAGCAACAGCAGCAACAGCAGCAGAAACAGCAGCAGCAACAGCAGCAGCAGCAGCAACCGGUAUUCACGCCUGCGGACCUGGAGAUUAUCCGCCAGUCAAUGGUUUUUAUCGUUGCAGCCUAUGAUGCGCUUCGCAGCGACAAGUGCCUGACGAACACGAUGGGCUGGAAUAGGCAGCAGCAGCAAGAGCCACAGCAGCAGCACGAAGACUCGACAGUAGAACAAACAGAGCAGCCGACAGCACAGGAAGAGAAGCAGCAGCAGCCAAGACCCCCUGCUCUGCUGCUGCAGCUGCUGCUGCAACAGAUUGAUGCUCGUGGUUGCUGCAUGGCUCUCUCUGCCUUAUCCAGACUGCAGCAGCGAGAGGGUUUUGCAGCAGCAACAGCAGCAGCAGCAGCAGCAGCAGCUACUCAGGUGUCUGUACACCUCAAAAAGCUAACGGCUCACCAAACCGCUACGCUGCUGCACAGCAUAUCAAAAUUUCCCCAGCUGUCUCCCUCUUUAUCCGGCGAUCUUUUGAUUCAUCUGCGUCCUCGCAUUAAGCACUUAGACCCUGCCGGAUGCGUCAGCGCCCUCAGCGCGUUUCGCCACCUCCGUUUAGAUGGCGACGAACCCUCGUCGGUGGAGCUGCAGAAGCAGGCGGUCUCCCAAAUCCACUACUGCGACUGGCAGGGGCUGCAUGCAUUGGCUUCAGUUGCAAGGCGCGGCAACUUCCAGCUGCUGCUGCAUGCGCUGCAGCAGCAGCUGCAGCAGCAGCAGCAGCAGCAGCCGGAAUCACCCGCCCUUCAACAAUUUCGCGACGAACCCUCGUCGGUGGAGCUGCAGAAGCAGGCGGUCUCCCAAAUCCACUACUGCGACUGGCAGGGGCUGCAUGCAUUGGCUUCAGUUGCAAGGCGCGGCAACUUUCAGCUGCUGCUGCAUGCGCUGCAGCAGCAGCUGCAGCAGCAGCAGCAGCAGCAGCCGCAGCAGCCGGAAUCACCCGCCCUUCAACAAUUUCGUACGACAGCUACUGGGCGGCAGCAGCAACAGCAGCAGCAGCAGCAGUACCAGCAGCAGCACAACCACCACCACUACCACCAGCAGCAACAGCAACAGCAGCAGCAACAGCAGCAGCAACAGCAGCAGCAGCAGUGUCUGUAUAGGUUUAAGCUAGCAGCUGAGGCUGAGGUGUAA